GGAGGCGCGGCCUGGGCCCUUUUAAGGCGGCUCCGGGCGGGGGAGGCCCGAGCGGAGCGCGGAGAUGUCGGCGAGUCACGACAGCCGAUCUCGCGAGAGCGGCCCCGAGGGGAUGGAGCCGGACGGGGUCAUCGAGAGUAACUGGCACGAGGUUGUGGACAGCUUUGACGAGAUGAACCUGUCGGAGGCGCUGCUGCGCGGGAUCUACGCCUACGGCUUCGAGAAACCCUCGGCCAUCCAGCAGAGAGCGAUUCUGCCCUGCAUCAAAGGCUAUGACGUCAUCGCGCAGGCGCAGUCGGGCACAGGUAAAACGGCCACCUUCGCCAUCUCCAUCCUGCAGCAGGUGGAGCUGGAGCUCAAGGCCACGCAGGCGCUGGUGCUGGCCCCCACCCGCGAGCUGGCACAGCAGGUACGCACCAGUACAAACCAGUAUAGACCAGUAUAAACCAGUAUGGACCGGUAUUGGACUGGUUUGGGCAGGUACAGACCAGUACAGACAGGUGUGGGUGUGCAUGGCGCCCCCUGGUGGCUGCGGGAGGGGGUGGCACCCGUGUGCAGGGACCAGUAUGGACCAGUACAAACCAGUAUGGACCAGUUUGGACCAGUAUAAA